AUGACCAUCAUUCAGCUAGAGUCACUCCCUACAUUACGCGCUUGCUCACGAUUAAACUAUCCACUUCUCGACGCAACCAAGAAGCUCGAGGAAGAGACACUGCCAUGGUACUCUCCGGAUGAGUUCUAUUCGGUGAAAAUAGGCGAGGUAUUUCAAUCAAGGUAUCAGGUGAUUGGUAAAUUGGGCUACGGUGGAUAUUCAACCGUGUGGCUGUGCAGAGACCUACAGAUGCAUGAUUAUAUCACCUUGAAGGUCUUCGAGCGCAAUUCGGCAGAAGGCCAAAGAGAGGUAGAGACCUAUCGUCACUUGAACACACUCGGCACAACAGAUCAUGCUGGUGCUAAGCUUAUCCGCAAAGCGCUGGAUAGCUUCCAGAUUACUUCUGAAGAGGGCAAUUUUGAAUGUCUUGUUCAUCUCACCCUGGGAAUAUGUCUCUAUGACUUCCGCGCUCAGCUCAGAGCCAAGGUACUCCCCGAAAGUAUAGUCAAGUUGACCCUAAUACAUCUCCUGCUUGCCCUUGAUUACCUUCACACAGACGCUGGAAUCGUCCAUACAGAUAUGAAUAUUCAAGAAGAGAACGUCAUGAUGGCUAUCGGAGACCCUGCGAUCUUAGCCGAUUUUGAAGAAGAGGAGAAGUCUAGUCCUAGCCCGCGGAAGUCCGUCGGCGAUCGAGUCAUCUAUGCUUCUCGAAAGCUCAGGAAGACUAAGCAACAAGGUCGUCCUACGCUGGCUCCCGAGGUGAUACUGCGAAUGCCUUGGAACGAAAAGGUUGAUAUUUGGAAUGCCGGAUUGCUGACGUGGGAUCUCUUCGAACAAGGACAUUUGUUCCACGGGCGUGAUUCGGACAAGAAAAGCUCUGAUGCCCAUCACAUCGCUGAAAAAAUUGCUGUCAUGGGGCUACCACCAAAAGAAAUGACGCAGAAUAGUGUCUAUGCGACCGAGUUCUUCGAUGACGAAGGGAACUGGAAGGGAGCAAUCGAAAUCCCUUCUAGAUCGUUAGAAACGCUCGAAGGAAAUUUGGAAAGUGAACCACGGCUACUUUUCCUCCGGUCUUGCGCAAGAUGCUCCAAUGGAAGCCCGAGGCGAGGUUUUCGGCAAGAGAGCUCUUGGAAGACCCUUGGUUAAGGUCACCUUAAUGACCAGAUUUGCUUGGAGGGUGAAGUAGAAACGACACCGUAAUCUGAGUCUCGGUUGUGCUAGGCAUAGAGCACAUGGGAUUGUCUCGAGUCUUGCACUGUCAAGUAAUUAUUUCCACUCUACAAGCGUGAAAUAUGAUGGUCCAAAUAUGCAUAAUGAUCGAGAUCACCAAACCAGCUGGUUAUUUGCCUGUCUUACCUGUACUGG